AUGUUAUACUCGGAUGAAAUAGGUAUCCCUAGAUCUGAUUUCUCCAAGUGGAGAUUACGAACGACUAAAUUGGGAGGACAAAAGUGGGAAUACUUAGAUAAUCCUUCCGACUCAGACAGACAAGAUAAUCUAACAAAGUAUCUACUGAACGAGCCAGGCUUUCAGCCACCAAUUACUGAAAAGCCGAAAUCCAUUCUAGAUGCCACCUUCAAUGCUGCCAAUUUCUUCACAUCAAUCCAGGAUGAAAAUUCUGGUACAUGGCCAGUCCAGUAUAAAGGUCCAAUGUUUAUGACUAUUGGCUACGUUGCUGUUUGCUACUUCACGAAAACCCCAAUUCCUGAAUAUGAGCGCCGGGAGUUAAUCAGAUAUAUCAUAAAUACUUCACACCCAGUUGACGGUGGAUGGGGAUUACAUGAAGUAGAUAAAUCAACGUGUUUUGGUACCACAAUCAACUAUGUCAUUCUCAGGUUGCUCGGGUUGGAUGCUUCGCAUCCUGUUUGUCUCAAGGCAAGGAGAACUCUCCAUAAGCUUGGCGGUGCCAUUGGGAAUCCGCAUUGGGGAAAAGCUUGGCUGGCUAUUCUAAACCUCUACAGCUGGGAGGGAGUAAAUCCUGCACCAACAGAAUUGUUUGCAUUACCGUAUUGGGUUCCGAUACAUCCAAUGAAAUGGUGGGUGCACACUCGUGCAAUUUACAUUCCAUUAGGCUACCUAUCAACUGCAAAAGUUCAGUGUGAAUUGGACCCUUUGCUUGAAAAAAUUAGAUCCGAAAUUUUCACCAAGCCUUGGAGCAAAAUUGAUUUUUCUAGCAAUAGAAACAGAGUCUGUGGUAUUGAUUUGUAUUACCCUCAUACGUCAUUGUUGAACGGCUUGAAUAAUAUCAUGGUGUUGUAUGAAAAAUACAUUCGUCCAACAUGGUUGUUGGAUCACUGUAAUAAAAAGGCAUAUGAUCUUAUUCUUAAAGAGUUGGAAAACACAAAACACUUGGGUAUAGCACCUGUGAGUGCUGCGUUUGAGACAAUUGUUCUCUAUAAAGAGCAAGGCCCGCAGGGAUCUGACUACUUAAAAAGCUUGGAGCGUAUGAAAGAGGUUUUAUUCUUAUCUGAUUUAGGCUUAACUGUGAUGGGAACAAAUGGUUCACAGGUUUGGGAUUGUGCUUUCUUUAUUCAGUAUUUCUUCAAUGCAGGUCUCGCUGAACUGCCUCAGUAUCAUGAUGCUAUUGUUAGAACCUUCGAAUUCUUGAUAAGGUCUCAAUUUGAUGAAGAGUGUGUCAGCGGGUCUUAUAGGGACAAACGUAAGGGUGCCUGGCCCUUUUCCACAAAAGACCAAGGAUACACUGUUUCAGAUUGUACUGCGGAAUCCAUCAAGGCGAUCAUAAUGGUCAUGAACUCAGAAGCCUUUUCAGAUGUACACCAUAUUUAUGACCUUACCAAAUUGCAUGAUGCAAUCGAUGUGUUAUUAAGCUUGCAGAAUGUGGGAAGUUUUGAGUUUGGCUCAUUUUCAACUUACGAAAAAAUCAAAGCAACUCCGAUGUUGGAACUCAUCAACCCAGCAGAGGUUUUUGGGAAUAUUAUGGUGGAAUACCCGUAUGUAGAAUGUACUGAUUCCUCAGUUUUAGGACUAUCAUACUUCCAUAGAUAUUCAAGCUACAGAAAUGCUGAUAUCAGUUUAGCAAUUAAAAGAGCAACUGAUUAUAUUAUUCAGUCACAGCAAGUCGAUGGUUCUUGGUACGGAUGUUGGGGGAUAUGCUUUACAUACGCCGGUAUGUUCGCCUUGGAGGCAUUGGCGGAAAUAAACUUGGAUUACUCUAACAGUGAAGUCGUUAGAAAGGGCUGUAACUUUUUGGUUACUCGUCAGCUGCCUGAUGGCGGAUGGGGUGAAUCGAUGAAGAGUUCCGAAACUCACACCUAUGUCUCUACCCGCAAAUCUCUAGUUGUUCAGACAUCGUGGGCUUUAAUUGGCCUUUUAUUGGCACGCUAUCCAGACAAGGAAGUUUUAAGAAAGGCGGUUGAUCUUAUAAUUUCAAGACAGGGAGAAUAUGGAGAGUGGGAAUUUGAACAAGUGGAAGGGGUCUUCAACCAUUCGUGUGCAAUCGAAUAUCCAAACUACAAAUUUUUGUUCCCUAUUAAAGCGUUGGGCUUAUAUGUUAAAAGAUUCGGCAAUGAACGUUUGUAA